ACGUGGAAGACAAACAAUAAUAAAUGAAAAAAGAAGAAAAAAAAUUGGGAUUGAGACUUUAAAAUUGUUAUGAUCAAUAGAUAACAAACCUAACAAACAGAUUUUUCCAUUAACUCUCUUCACUUCCACAAACCUCUCUCUUCAAUCAAAAAUGGUGAACGGUUGUGAGAUCUGCUGCGAGAUUCUCAUCGCCAUCCUCAUUCCUCCUCUAGGAGUUUGCCUCAAAUUCGGCUGUUGCACGGUGGAAUUUUGUCUGUGUUUGAUUUUGACUCUUCUGGGUUACGUUCCGGGGAUCAUUUACGCAGUGUACGCCAUUGCGUUCGUGGAUCGUGACCAGUUCUUUGAUGAGUACAGGCGUCCGCUGUAUUCCUCGGUGUCGGCGGAAUAGAACAAGUUUGAAUUUCUUGAUCUCUAUGUGUUUUUAAGAACUUAUGGUAUGGAUCAAUAAUUAUUGCUGAUUCUUAAGUAGUUUUCUCUGUUCUUUUCUGGAUAUUGGAUUAUUGGCUUUCUCAUCAUCUCUACUUAGAUUUGUAAGGCUCUCUCUUUCUUUGAUUGGAUUGGAUUUUGUUGAACAAUUUGAAUUAACACAAUAUGAAAAGUGGGCCAUUUGAUUAUA